AUGGAACUGCAGACUAGUGAAACCUCGUGGGUUUUCACUGUUAAAUUAAAUACUCCCAAAGUCAUUUUGCUCGGUGGUGACCGUGAGAACGAUCUGCCAGGUACUGCAUCUUUCGAAAGAAGUCGCGAAAGAAAGCUAGGAUUUGUUGAAGCUCAGACGUGUCGUCUUCCAAAGUUAGAUAUUAAUGGUUCAGAAGUUAUUCAAUAUUUUGAAAAACCGAAGCCUUUGAAAUGUGAUUCUAAUGCAGAAAACUGGGCUUACAUCGACGACAAUCGGCAGCUGCGAAUCUUUCCAAAAAUUGAAGAAAAGUAUGGAAAAAUUCGAUGCGAAAUCAGCUACUUUUAUAGAGUGGAUGAUAAAAACACUAGAGUUACGUCACCUGUAGCUAUUGAAGAUGGUAGUGCUAUAAAGGAGGGCGAUUAUUUUAUCCUUGAAUGUAGUGGCAAAGACCAAAAGAAAUGGCAACAUCUUUCUUGGACAGUAGUUGCAAAUGAUUCCAGAGUUGAAGCUCUUUCUCAAAUCAAAAAACCGGAAGAUUGGUCCGGUCUUGACGUUUACUUCAUAGGUUACAACAUUGUCGGCGAUGGUACUCCUCAAGCGUUCAUUCCUAUCUUAACUGGUUCGACGGAGGAAGAGCUGCCACUGACAAGAAGAAGGUUUAAAAACGCUCAUUAUGUCGAUGAAGUAUAUCCAUUUGUUUGGAAUAACUUUUCUGAUGCAGGUUAUAUUACUUUAUAUGGAGAAGAUUCGGCACGCGUUGGGACGUUCACUUACCGUCUGAAGGGCUUUAAAAACCAACCCACCGACCAUUACACGAGAACAUUUUUUCAAAGAGCAGAAACUUUUUACAAGGAUAUGAAGUGUUUUGGGAACGUGCCAAUGCACAAGGAGUGGUUCCGUUAUGUCAGCGAUUUUAUGCACUCUUAUAAAGGAUUAGCUCCUCGUUUCCUAUUAGCUUUUCAUAGUCUUCUAAGCCACGACAGUAUAAACUUAGUUCAAGUAGCUGAUGAUGACACAGUUGCUCAUUUAAAGCAUUUGUAUGAAACUGGUGAAUUAGAAAAAAGUUUGGUUAUAGUCAUGGCAGAUCAUGGGAAUCGUUUUGCGAAGUUGCGGUCUACACAUCAAGGGCAAUUAGAAGAACGUUUACCAUUCUUUGCUAUAUCUCUCCCAAAAUCUUUCCGGGAGACCGAGUCUGGUAGUAUUGCUUACAAGAACUUGUUGGCCAAUAAAGAAAGAUUAACAACACCCUUUGAUAUACAUGCAACUUUGUUGGAUAUUAUACACUGGCCAACUAUUGAAAAGCUGAAAACACCAAACGUUGCGAAGAACAGAUCGUUAUCGUUAUUUAGAGAGGUUCCAGAGAAUAGGACUUGUGCUGAGGCCGGAAUUGAGCCACAUUGGUGCACGUGCCUUAACUGGGAAUCAGCAAUGAACAACGAGGAACAAAAGGAAAUUUCAAAAAUGCUAGCAUUGACGACUGUAAAAACAAUUAAUGAUUUUACGGAAAAGGAGCGUAAAUCAUGUGCUCCACUAAAACUGAACGCUUUGGAGGAUUCGCAUCGACUUGUACCGAACGAAAUUUUGCUUAAGUACAAGAAUGUGAAAGAUGUUGACGGUUUUGUUCCCGAUCUCUCCGGCAAAACGAAGGCAGUUUUUGCUCACUAUCAGAUAAAGUUUAGCACAGUGCCAGGAAACGCUCUAUAUGAGGCAACCGUCGGAUACAAUUCUGCGACGGAUACUGUUACUGUUGACUUGACGGCAAUAAGUCAUGUAAAUAAAUACGGUGACCUUCCACAUUGCGUUAUCGACAGAAAUUACUUUUUAGCUGCAUAUUGCGUUUGUUAUGACAAAAUCUAA